AUGAAAAGUCUUGAAGAAUAUAUUUUACAGGAUCUUCUCAAUCGCUCCGAGGAGAAUGAGGACACCAUAGAUAGUGUCAGAGAUUGUUUAACUGGAACCAAUGAUCAGUUGAAGCAUGCACUUUCGAAAUUUUUCGUUGGCCGCAACUCGCUUGUCAGUUCUCUUCCCUCGGUGACGUCUACGGAACAUGCAUCAGUGAUAGAUGAGUGCAUACAAUUCCUGAUCAAUAAUCGCAGCAACAAUGUCUUAACGUAUGGCUAUAAAGUGGGGAAGAACGGUGAUGUUUUGAGCACAUUUCACUGUGAAUCGACUAAUUUUGGCGUCUCCGUUCUGAAAUGCGGCGUGUGGAUAACGCUGCACAAGAUAUUAGGAACCCGUCAUUUCGUGGAUCUUGUCGUCAAUUCAAUAAUCUUUGAAUUCAAGGAUGGGACUUUCCAACAGAUUACAGGGCCUGCUCACGAGCAUCCAGUAAGAUCGGAACGAAAUGUUCACGCGACAGUUGGGAAUUCAUCGUUUUUAUACAGAACCAAAGGGCAGUUUAAAGUAGCUGAUAUUAUCCCACCGACAGUCAGUAUCUUCUGGCUCGACAUUUUUUACAGCACAGAGCUUUCAGGGUAUACAAGAAAACACCUGGAACCUCGAUGUGCAUAUCUUCGAACAAUUCUACGUCAAGUCAUUCGUAAUCAUAAGAGACUGAAGUACAGGCUUAUAUUUCAGACACUGUGUACACGCAGAAGCCUGGAAAAUUUCGAUACAAAUCAGGAGCUUCAAACUAGUGUCAAAUCAGUCAUCAAAUUUUUGACUGUCAUACUGGGUAAGUUGUUUCCCUUAGAUUUUUUCGGCUCGAAGCAUAAUAAAUCAGUGCUUUUAUCCAAGAUUUCGGCCUUGGUGAAACUCAACUUGCAUUCUCGCAUUUCGGUCGACUUGCUCGUCGAAGGCAUAAAAAUCAAGGACUUGCGAUGGCUGGGAAAGCGAUCAAAGAUCGAUAGCAAGGAAACAACGAAACGCAGAGACAUACUCAAAGUAGUCUUUCAAUGGCUGUUCGGAAAGUUUCUGCCAUCAUUGAUAAGUUCUUUUUUCUACUGUACUGAAAUAUCGUCUACUCAGGACAUACUGUUCUUCAAUUUUGAUGUCUGGUCUCAGAUGACGCAGCCGUUUUUGACUUCGUACUUUGAAAGCUUUCUUUGUAUCAAUAAGAUAUGCUCAGAUCAUGGGAACAACAACAAAUUUACUCAUGGAUAUCUAAGGCUGGCCCCGAAGACUAAGAAAAAUGAUUUUCGUGUUAUAUUUGUGCCCUUGAAACUGAAGUCCUCGGAUCAGCUCAACACGCAGCCGGAUCGCACACACAACACUGUUAAACCAGUAGGAAAUCUCCUAAAUUACAUGUUAAGUAAAACAGAGGACAAGAAAAAGAGCGCUUUCUCAAACAGGCUGCACUCACCAUUGGGAAUCAAACCCGCUGUCUCUCAAUUCAAGCGGUACUUAGCAGCAAGGUAUCAAGAGUUUCCGCAGCUCUUCUUCAUAAAGUUCGAUAUCCAAUCAUGCUAUGACUCGAUUCCAAGAUCGAUGGCCAAAAAUGUCAUUAAGACAACGGUCGAGGCCUUUCCCGAAUUUUACAUUCGUUCUUAUUCCUUUUACGACUCGAAAAGGGAUGUUUUUAAGCAGCGGUACAGUGUCAAUGGUGAACUAGCUUCAGAGAGCCGAACUGUAUCUAUCGACAACGUUCGCACAACCUACUUGAGCAGAGAUGAUGUCUUGAGUGUCCUUGAUGACCAGAUGCACAAUUGUUCCAUUAUUCACAGCGGGUCUUGUUAUCUUAGAAAGGCGGGUAUCUUUCAAGGAGCUAGUCUCUCUGCAAAUAUCGUGGAUUUCUUAUACAAUGACAUGAUCGACAAAGAGGAGGCAUUUUCUGAUGAUAGCGAAGAGAAACUCUUGCUUAGACUGGCGGAUGAUUUUCUUGCAAUAUCAACAAGUCAAGACUAUGUUGCUAAGCUAGAGAGGCAGGUUCGGCAAGGGUUCAAACGCUACAACGCAUUCGCAAAUCCACAUAAAAUUGUGUCAAACCUCGAAAAUUCCACGACGAAAUUGCGCUUUUGCGCUAUUGACGUCGAUUUGGGCAUAUCUUAA